CAGGCGGCAGCAGCAGCAGCAGAGUCAGCGGAGAGUCGUGCCGCACCCUUUUUGCUCCUCCUGGGACUCACAGCGCGGAUCACUCCGCACAGGUAACUACCGCUCAAACCACCGGAAGCAGGAGACAAGUCCAAACACAGGUGAAGGGGAGUAUCCACCGAGUUUGUGCGGGACAAAAAGAAAAAAACUGCAGUGGAGCCUCGAUAAAAAGAGACAAAUAACAAUAACGUGCUUUUUGUUUUAAAAUAUUGUGGCGCAUUUUCACACCUGGUGCUGAGAGGGCGGUGAAAGUGCGCAGGAGGUGGCUCCAGGUACGACUGAACAUUGUUUCUCUACUGGACGAGGAUCUGGAUUUACUUGAUAAACGAGUUCAUAGACGAAAGGAAAAGAUUGAAGACCAGCGGAUGCCAGACAGCUGUACAGUGAAAACCUCAGACCUCAAACUGCAGUCCUCACCUGUCCAGCUGAUGGCAUGCCAAUCGCCAACACACCAAAGAGGGAAGUCUGAAUGAUGCCCUAGACCUCACCCUCUGCUCACUGUCUGCAACAUCACUCUCUUCCCUGCCUACUUCAGCUCUUCUCUGAUCAGACAUCCGCCGGAUAUCUCAACAUGGAUACAGAGACCAUCGACCUAGAAGGAUGCUACUACAACAAGAGCAUCAAAUUUUUCUAUGAGAAGAGUGGAAAGAAUAUUAGCGACCACUGGAGCACACGUAGCUAUGUGAUUGUCACUCUUGGCAUGACGGUCUGCUUCGUCGUCAUCUUUUCCAACCUUUUGGUCAUAGGCGCCAUUUUAAAAAACAGACGUUUUCACUACCCUAUCUACUAUCUGCUGGGUAACCUGGCUCUGGCUGACCUCUUCUCAGGUGUUUCCUACCUCCACUUGAUGUUUCAUACUGGUCCCUGGACCAUUAAGCUCUCUAAGUUCCAGUGGUUUGUGCGACAGGGGCUGAUCGACACCAGUCUGACAGCCUCGGUCCUCAACCUCCUGGCUGUGGCUGUGGAGCGUCACCAAACCAUUUUCAACAUGCAGCUGCACAGUAAGAUGAGCACCCGGCGUGUUUUUGUCAUCAUUGUGUUCAUCUGGCUGGUGGCCAUAAUCAUGGGCCUGGUUCCCACCAUGGGCUGGCACUGCCUGUGCGACCUGCUGAACUGCUCCACCAUGGCGCCGCUGUACAGCCGCAGCUACCUGGUGUUCUGGGGCGUCCUCAACCUGCUGACCUUCUCCAUCAUGGUGGCCGUCUACACCCGGAUCUUUAUCUACGUGAGGCACAAGAGCAAGCAGAUGUCGCAGCACACCACCCAGAUGAGACACAGAGAGACCGUGUUAAACCUGAUGAAGACCGUCUCCAUGAUCCUGGGCUGUUUUGUGAUAUGCUGGACGCCUGGCCUGGUCAUACUGCUGCUCGACGGCCUGGGCUGCGACUCAUGCAAGGUGCUGCGAUACGAGAAGUACUUCCUGGUGCUGGCCGAGUGCAACUCCUUCGUCAACCCCAUCAUCUACUGCUUCAGGGACAAAGACAUGAGGAGGACCUUCAGCCAGAUCAUGUGCUGCCUUCGGGGCCGCGACCGCAAGAGCACCUCUGGAGUUCACUUUAACACCCUGGAGCACGAGAACUGUAAGUCUCGUAUUGCCGAGCCAACAGAGAGCAACGGGGCGCUUCUCAUCCGGGACGAAUCAGAAGACGUCCCUGCCUCUUCAGAAACCUGAAUGAACUCAAACAACAAGGAACAUUCAGCACACUCAAGUCAUGCAGACACACACUUGACGCUAUCUCUGCUGGCAUAAACAAGCCUUAAGACCUGUUUUUCCUCAGCCAGCAGACUGUCGGGUCGGGGUCAAAAAACUGUUUAUUCUUUCAAAACCAAAUGGAUUUAUACCUCUGCUACCAGCAGACAAUGGUGUGUGUCUGCAGAGCAAAGAAGAAUCGUUAACUUCUAAUCUCAGUUGGCCAACGUGAUGGUGAACAAAUCUUCUAAUUCAACUGGAAGCAAGUGGCUCAUUUGUGCUCCAUUAACAACCUUCAGCAGACACAAGACCGCAAAGCCUUUCAUACUGGGUCAUUUAAACAACAUGGUGGAACACUGGAGAGCCCAUUUCCUGUUGAGACAUAAAUGAGAUCUGCCAGUUGACCCUAAACAGAUGAUGGUAGAAGGUGGCCACUGAACAACUGGAACAUGCUGGCAGCGCAUGGAAGAAAUGACUUUAAGUGUGUGGAGAGUCGCCAAGCAGAUAAAUGUGCUCUGUCAUAUCCUUGUGAUGGAUUCUUGUAUAUGUGAGUUUAUUUGUUGAAUCAGUCUAAAGCUAAUGCAGUCUCUGUUCAGUUUUUGUUGAAACUGUUUUAGAAAGAUGUUUUGUACUGCGUCCUACAGAGAUGUCUGGAUGUGGUGGACAAAAUAAUACCACUUGUUGGUUAAAUGCAACACAGAAUCUACACCUUUCCCAAACAGUUUAGACAGACCUGAACAUAUUAUGACCUUUAUGAAGCCAGGGUUUGUUGCAUUACUUUAAGCAAGGUGUGCCUAAUAAACUGGCAGUGUAUAUGGAAUCAGUGAAUCAAUCUGAUGAUACCAGGGUUCAUUUUGUACGUAAAGAGGAACUCUGAAUUUCUUCAACCUGGACGCUUUUUCCAUAUAUUUAUGCGGAGUGACUCACGACACAUAAUAAUAUUUGAAACCGGUUCAGUAUUUAGAUAGAGCUGCAGCUGGCAGCAGCAAAACAGGCUGCAAAUAAACCACCCGGGCAGGUGUUUCCUGUCAGUUUACAUCCAUUCAGAGUGCUUGUCUCUGCCACUAACAUGCUCACAUCGUUAUUAUGACUGUCUUACAACAUUAUGGAAAGAACCCUACAGAGAAAUGAAACGUUUUUCCACACUUGUCGUUAGUUCCAGUCUUGCUAAAAGGGAAGUCUUGGUGUGAAAUCUCAUGAGAGGCGACUUGUUACAGGAAGAAAAUGGUGGAAACAGGAGUACGAUUCAGAGAGAGGAGUGGCGGGGGUAGUUUGUUGUGUCUGAGCACUGAAAGCGUAUCUUACUCUUAUCUGAAAGGCUUUCAGUGUCAUGUCAAAAGAGUCAGAUGUUUCAGAACAAGACCUCUGCUUCAGUGAGACACAAAACAGACUUGAACAAGCAAACAAUCAAGGGGAAAUGUUUCAUUUGUUUUUAGGGUUCUCUUCAUGAUGUAAGGCACUCAUAAUAAUAAUCUGAGCCUGUUUGUGGCAAAAACAAGCACCUUUAUUGGAUGUAAACGGACGACGUGCACUUGCCCCAUGUGGUUACAUUGCAGCCUGUUUUGCCGCUGCCACCUGCAGUUCUCUGGUUCAAUACUGGACCUAUUUUAAAGAUUAUUGUCCCCGUUUGUUACUUAAAUACAAAAACAUGGGAAGGUAGGGUCCAGGUUGAAAAUUACGGAGUUUCCUUUAAGACACAAUGUGUAGUAAAAGGCCACUGAAGCUCAUGGAGGUGACCAGGUCGACCCUAAACUUGACUUUAUGAAGGGAUUUGUUAAUGGUUGAUAGAUAUUGAUUAGUAACAUGUUGAUAUUAGCAGCAGCAUCUGUGUUGCCAGGUUAUGAAAAAUAAUCUGCACUGUGUUCAACAAGCUCUUAAAUUCAAGCAGGAAACCCUCUCUGAUCGAGAGCUGCAGAGCAUCCAGACCAAAAUCCAUUAAUUACCAACUUAACAUUUACUGCAGCUGUCAUAUUCAGCCACUGUCUCGUCGUCGUGGCUCUCUGAGCUGGUACAUGUUUGGUUCUGAGCUGCUUGUGGGUCUAGUUUUUUGUUGUUUGUUUUAUAAUUGUCACAACGGCUUGGUACAAGUUUCUUAUUACUGUUAGUGUCAGUAGUGGCAUGAAUGUUAUAUUUGAUUUUAUAAUCAUAAAGGUUAUUUAACUGAAGACCUGAUAGACUAUUGCACUGAAAUAACCCUCAAUCAGGGAUUUACUAUCAUGUGUAACUGAUGAUUUACUAUUAAGACAGAAACUCUGGACCCUUUAAUGGCUCGCUUUUUAAUAAUCCUCGAGAUAAAGAUCUCACUAAAAAGACAGCUAAAUAUCCUUAAAGAGGAUGAACGCCCACCAAAUGUAAUUUCCCAAUUUAGCAGCUCAUUAGUUACUCUUAUAAAUGGCUUAUUACCGAUCUCAAAGGCUUUAGUAAUACUUUAUCAACAUUAAUAAAGCCUAAGUUAGAAUUUAAAGCUUUUAAUUCAAUUGUCUUGGCUUAGGAUGAUAACAUUUUAGAUGUGUAUUUAUAGUUUUUACCUGAACGUCUUCACACUUAAAGUGGAAAAGACUCAUCCUUUAAUGUGCUUGUUAAAGGUCCAGUGUGUACGAUUUAGUGGGAUUUGGUGACAUCUAGUGGUGAGGACUGCUCAUUGCAACCAGCUGAAAUGUCUCCUGAUCAGAAUUCCCUCAGUGUUCAUUGUUCAGGAGGUUUUUAAGGGGAGCUGAAUUAUCUGCAGAGGUCUUUUCCUCUCCAAAAGAAACAGACCCGGUGAUUUAAACUGGCUAAAACACUGACUAAAGCAGUUUCACAUGACAAAGCAGUGUUUAUCUGAUGCAGUUUGGCAUAUGUCAGAGAGACUGCUAGCCCCAGCACCUGCUAAUGUGUGCUCACCUUUUUCUCUGAUAACUUAAGAUCCAGACAUUCAGGAGGUUUUUCCUGUGAGCCUGCAGAGGUCUCUCCCUAUCCAGAACAAACAGACCAGGUGAUUUAAACAUGGUGUUGCUAACUAUGGUGGCGGACACAAAGAUGUUUAUGGCCCUAUCUAGAGCCAGUGAUUCGAUUUGGUUUGUCCAUUGUGGGCUACAGUAGAAACAUGACAAAGCACCAUGGUGAACUCUUCAGACGAGGAUCCACUCACUAUGUAGAUAUAAAUCAUUCUAAGGUAACGAAACACGAUUCUUAUUUUCAGGUGAUUAUACAUGUAAGAACACAUAUAUUACAUCUCCCCAAAUCCCACACUGGACCUUUAAGAUGCACAUUAAAGUCUAGAUUUUACUUUUCCUCAUAACUGUCUAUUUAAACUGUUUGCUCCCUGAUGCAGUACCAGUUAAAACUCAAAGUAAACUUAUUUGUUUUGCAGUUAUAGACCGUACGCUAUACGCUGUCUCGCUCAAAGUUUGUUCUGUCUUUUUUGUUUUUGUGCUGAUGUGACACAAUACUCCUUUUGUGAAUUGUUUGUGAUAUAAAACUUUAUUUAUGAUCACAUUGUAAUUGUAGAUAUCAUGCACAGUAUUUAGUGCAUUUAAACAUAUUUACCAUUUAUCAGAUAAUUCAAAAAAAAGAAAAGAAAGAAAGAAAAACCAAAAAAGGGAAAUCAAGCUUUUCAUUUAUUGUUGUUUAAUCUCCAGAAAUGUUUCGAUUUCCUUGUUGAAACUUUUUGUUGAACAUGACAGAGUGAACAGAACAUGUGAGUGAUGUGAAACUUUAGGGUGAACAUAUAACAACAGUUUUAUGUUAAUAUUGUGAAUAGUGCUGUGUUUCAGUUUUCUGUGUCAUUUUCAGUCGUGAUGAUCUGCCCUCAGUAACUGACAUUUACGUCAUUAAAUAUUUUGAAUACA